GAAUAAACAGAAUCUAAAAUUCACAACAGACAAGGUACAACCUAGCCAUUAUUCAUGUACCAUAUUUGAUCCUGAUUAAGAAAGUUUAGAUUAAAGAAAGGCUGAGACCAUACUGCUCUCAAUUCCACGUAGAACCCUGCAAUUAUAUUAUUCAAGAAUCGGUUCCCAUGACCAACCACCACCAGGUCCACCACCCUCCUCCUUCCAUCUCUUUCAUUUCAAGAUUUGGAGUCUCAUUAUCUCAAAAUCUUCAGCUCCCUCACUGCCCCCCGCGAUUUUCAAAAGGGUACCUCGCAUUGCCGCAAGAUUUGCAAAAGGGUACUUCGCGCUGCCGCAAGAUUGCAAAAGGGCAGAUAAUCUGGGCUCUGGGUUUGGAUGCUCAGCUUUUUCCUCUUAGGUUAUGGUGUAAAAGUUUGAAUCUUUGCAAUGGGUAUAUGAGUUUUGGGAAAUUUUAGGCCAAGUUUUGAGAUUUUUACUGGGGGGAUGGAAUGAUUGUUUUGUGUUUGGUUGGUGAGGUGUUAGUUGAGUUGGUGUUUUCUUGGUUGCUUGUUGUGUGGGUUUGAAAUCUGGUGUGUGUAUAUUUUGGGCAUCUGGUGAGCAGUUAAAAUCAAAUGCAACUUACUAACAUUCAUUCAAAUUUGAUGACUGAUGACGCGAACUGUAGAGAGGAUGGGUAGUUUCAAUAGAAGUGUUUCAUUUAAGCCGAGGGGAUCAAAUCUUGGGAGCCCUAGAUUUAGUAGGAAGAACUGGGUUAAAAAGUUGUUCCGGGUACUCAUUGUGAUUGGAUCCGUGGUUACAUUCCUCUUGGCGAUUAGUGGUGGCUAUUUGUAUGUGCUGCCAAGUUUUACCCAGGCGUUUCAUGAGUUUAGUGAUACGGAGACCGCCUUUAAUGGUUCCAAUAGUGAGUGUGAUAUAUAUGACGGGAAUUGGGUUGUAGAUAACAGUUAUCCAUUGUACAUUGCUUCGGAAUGCCCCUUUGUAGAGCAAGGGUUUAACUGUUUGGCAAACGGUCGAACAGAUGGGGAUUAUAUCAGGUGGAAAUGGAGGCCUAGGUCGUGUGGUAUUCCGAGAUAUCAUGUGCAUAGUACUUUAGAAAUGCUCCGAAACAAAAGAGUUGUUUUUGUUGGUGAUUCGAUGAGUAGAACACAGUGGGAAUCUUUGAUAUGUUUGUUGAUGACAGGCGUGCAAGAUAAGAGUAGUGUUUUCGAAGUCAAUGGGAAUAAGAUUACAAAGCUGAUUCGGUUUUUAGGGGUGAGGUUCAGUUCCUUUAAUUUCAGCAUCGAGUUUUACAGAUCGGUUUAUCUCGUCCAACACAAUUGGUCAGCUAAAUAUGGACCGAGAAGAGUUAGAUCAACGCUUAAACUCGACAAGAUGGAUGCCAUCAGUCACGAGUGGACUAAUGCAGAUAUACUCAUAUUCAAUUCUGGACAGUGGUGGGUGCCGGGAAAGCUUUUUGGAACAGGAUGCUAUUUUCAAGUUGGUAAUACAAUCAGACUUGGAAUGUCGAUACCCAUGGCUUUCAGAACAGCUCUACAAACUUGGGCAUCUUGGGUCGAUGCCAACAUUAACCCUAAUAGAACGCGUGUCUUUUUCAGAACAUAUGAACCAUCUCACUGGAGGAACUUAACUCUGCGGCAAUGCUAUGUGCCAAACCAACCUCUUUCGGAGACUGGAGGGCAGGAAUAUAGUUCAUUCUCGGACGCCAUAUUAAAUGUUGUUAAAAGUAUGAUUGUUCCCGUUACUGUUUUGCAUAUAACUCCCAUGGCUGCAUUCAGGAGCGAUGCCCAUGUCGGUACUUGGAGUGACAAUCCUUCACUAUCUGACUGUAGCCACUGGUGUCUACCCGGAGUACCUGAUGUGUGGAACGAAAUAGUCCUCUCGUAUCUGCAUGCAACAUACAGGUCUACUCUCCGGGAAAGGAUGCUGAGUAAUACUACAAUUGCAAGAUAGCAGCAAUUUUACAGGGAAAUGUAUAGUUCACAGAGAAAGUGAUUUUUGUUCUUCAACAACUUGUAUUCAUGAUGGAAAGGAAAUGUCAUUAUUGCUCAUCAUUCAAUAU